UGACGUCCUCGAGAAAUGUUGCCGGAAUUUGUACUUGAUUACGAUGGUGUUGAAUGCAGUCAUUCUCAGCGUAACAGCUGUUGAAGUAAUUGUGUUCUUGGACCGACCGGCAGAAGCCAUCAGGGCUAUUGUCUAUCUUAUAGCACAACAAUUUCAUUUAUACAUGUUUAGUCUACCAGGGCAAACAUUACUAGAUCAAAGCGUAGAAUUGGCCGAUAAAAUAUAUGACUCGGAUUGGUAUAAAAUACCGAUAAAAGCUCAAAAAGUAUUUUACCUAAUGCAAGUGAGGUCCAACAAACCGUGUAUAUUGACAGCAGCGGGGAUAUACGAGAUGAACAUUGAAAGUUUUGGAAUAGUACGUAAUAAUGGAAAUUAAUAAAAGUAUCAUGUUAUAAUAAUUUAAGCGGGUGUUAGUAAUAAUAAUUCUUUAAUUUCAAGACUGUUAAAACUUGUAUGUCGUAUUUCACCAUGUUCUUGUCACUGAGAGAAUAAUCGUUCGUACCUACUCGAAAAUAUUCGUUUCUAGUAAUUUUAUGGUUUAAUGACAACCCAAUCUUACAUUUUCUAAGAGUUAUGUCAAUGUUAUAUGAUUAUGAUUACUUUCUGAAUGGAAGAAAGACAUAAAUUAUUGAAAUAAAAUGAUAUACUUUACCAAGUACAUCAAUAAAUUAUUAUAUACUGGUUCAAUAAAAUUUUU